AUGAAGAAGUCGUGGAAAACAGACCAGUUAGAAUGCAAGCUCAUCGAGCCGGGGCUCUUCUCCUUUUCCUUCACUUCGAUAGAGGAAAAAAACAGGGUACUGAAUUCAGGUCCAUGGUCCUUCUCGAGUAAGUUACUAGUUCUUCAACAAGGCGAUCCGGAUACUCCCGACCAUUGCUACGAGUUCACACACUGUGCCUUUUGGGUUCAGUUGGCAGGUAUUCCCCGUGGGAAGUUAUCAGAAGAUACAGUUAAGGAAAUAGCAAGGAAGAUUGGUGAAGUGGUAGAAGUGAAACUUGACUCAAGAGGAGGAGGCCCUAGUAGAAGCUGUAAAGUAAGAGUUCUUGUGAACCUUUCUAACCCCCUAAAGACAGGAACUAUUGUAGACCUGAAGCAUAAGAAGAUCUGGGUGGACUUUAGAUACGAAAGACUCCCGCAUUUCUGCUACUCAUGCUGGAGGAUAGGGCAUUAUGCAACCUACUGCAAGGAAGUUCCCUUUGCGGAGUCGGGCCCCAUUGUAAAUGCAAGGAGCAAAUUUGGGCAAUGGCUGAGAGCGGAAGUUCAAGAACCCAGCCCCUUUUGGAAGAUCUUUUACAGUACGUAUAGUCCUUCUACGGAGGAAAACGAGGUCAUCCCGGAAACACAAAGGGAACUUAUUCCUAGAGAACCAGAGUUGACUACAUCUAAGGGCAAGACAAUUAUUGGGCUGAUUGAAGACUCUCCUCAGAAGGAGAGAUUAACAGAAGGGACACAACCAGAUUGCUUGAAUGGGAAAGGUCAACUAGGUUCCAUAAUCCAAGACACCCAGUUAAUUCGGUCAGGGUCUGCAAUGAAAGAUGGACAAUCGAAGAAACCAAGGAGAGAGAAGAUCAGCAUGAAAGCCUUUAAGAAAGUGGCCACAACGAGGAAACAGAAAAAAAUUGAUCCUCAAGGGGUAUGCGAGAUUCUCUAUCCCUCCAUCAAUGAAGGAACUCUCCUCGACGCUCCGAUCAAGUUGGUUGAUGGAAGAAAUGAUUGGGCUCUGGUGGCUAGCCCUAAUAAGCCACCGGGGAUUAUAUGA